GUGAUCUCUCUGUCAAAUAAAUAAAUAAAAUCUUAAAAAAAAAAAGCUACUAGAAAUCAAUAAAUGAAUUUACCUAAGUUGUAGGCUACAUGGACAAUAUGAAAAAAAAACCUAGCUGUAUUUGCAUAUACUAGCAGCAAACAAGUGGAAAGUGAAAAAGACUAUUUGCAAUGCAUCAAAAAACAUGUAAUGCUUAGGGAUCAAUUUAUAUGCAAGAGCUGUACACUUGAAUUAUAAAACUUUGCUGAGAUAAGUAGAUAUCAGUUGGGAGAUAAGUUUUCUAUUGGUUUUUGCAACUGAGGGAGUAACUGUCCUUUUAAAUAAUUAUUUCUAGGAUGUUUGUAUAGCCUUGAAUGAUAGAUACAGUGAUUCCUGCUGUAGCCAAGGCAGAUUUGCUUGUUCUGCAGUAUAAUAAAGAUAAUCUCUUCCUGUGGACAAAAGGGCAGGUGUGCUUCAGCCCAUUAUAAGUGAACCAGAUUGACUGAGCUCAGGGUUAUGAGUUGUGAUACAAACCCCCUGCCUGCACAACAUCUACCUGGGCCUCUCCGUGUCUACCAUGGGGGAACUUGUGGGCAGCCAGAAGAACUCACAUACAUGUGAUGCUCGUGUUCCUUGCUGUGCUGUAAUAAGUCCUGUGUCUCUCCCUAAGAGUACAGUGUGGUCUGCUAGUAUCUGUGAAAUGCUAACAGGAUACUUUGUUCGCUUACAAAGAGGGUCUAAAAUCUCAGAUCCCUCACAGUUCUUGGCAGUUUGGGCUAUGCAGAUGGGGUGCUGAUAGAGACCUAGCUUCUUGAAAGAGGAAGGUGACAGCCUGGUGUGUUAGGUUAGGGGAUAUGGAAAGACUCUGGCAUCUGGUGGUGAAUGCUGUCUGUCACUCAGGUGCUGGACCGGUGGCAGGGGCAGGGGCAACGUCGUCCUGUGUUGUACCUCUUAGUGGAUAUUUGGGGAUUGCACUGAGAGCCCAAAUGGUGCUUUGGUUUUUGCACCAACUCCAUAGCCCCAGCUGAGAGGCAGCGUGGCUAUAAUAAGAGCUGAGUCAAGGAGCCCCCAAAGCUGAAAUAAUGGUCAGAAAUAGGACACCAGAAGGAGUGUCAGAGGAUAUAGAAUUUCGGGUGCAUUAGAAGGUUGUUUAGUUGAGUUGUAACUGUGAGUACUUGAAACUGAAAGUAAAUGCACUGCCAGACCACUGUCGCCUGUGACUCGACUUCUCCCUCCUGCACCUUGACUUCAGGUGCUUGAAGGAGGAAGAUGAAUAGAGGUUGGGCAGAGAUCUCCCUGUCCUUAAGAGGAUACCAAAGGCUAUACCCACAUGUCCAGAUAUGCUGGGAGAACUUCAGGGAGAGCAGAGAGUCACUUCUGUGGUUGUGUUGGAUACUAGCAACCGAGUCAUCAUCCUGCCUUGUUCUGUGGGGAAUGGAGUGCACUAGAUGCAGUGGAUGGGGUGUGGACAAGCGCCCGAUCCACCUUCUAGCAGAAGAACGACCAUGGAGGUGGUGCCAGCCGAGGUGAAUAGUUUGCUUCCAGAGGAGAUAAUGGACACUGGUAUAACUUUAGUGGAGGAUGAUAGUAUUGAGGCUGUUAUUGUGUCAUCCCCAAUUCCCAUGGAAACAGAACUGGAAGAAAUUGUCAACAUAAAUUCUACUGGGGACUCUACAGCCACGCCCAUUUCCACGGAACCAAUCACAGUGUACAGUAACCACACUAACCAAGUUGCAGUGAAUACCACAAUUACUAAAGCAGAUUCUAAUACCACAGUGAAACCAGCUUUUCCAAGUGGCCUUCAAAAACUUGGUGCUCAGACUCCUGUGACUAUAUCAGCCAAUCAGAUUAUUUUAAACAAAGUAUCACAGACAUCAGAUCUUAAACUUGGCAAUCAGACCCUUAAACCAGAUGGACAGAAGUUAAUUUUAACAACUUUGGGCAAGUCUGGUUCACCAAUUGUUUUAGCACUACCCCAUAGCCAACUACCCCAGGCUCAGAAAGUUACAACUCAGGCCCAGUCAGGAGAUGCUAAGUUACCACCGCAGCAAAUUAAAGUAGUUACCAUUGGAGGGAGGCCAGAGGUGAAACCUGUCAUUGGUGUCUCAGCAUUGACCCCAGGAAGCCAACUGAUUAAUACUACAACUCAGCCCUCUGUGUUACAGACCCAACAGUUAAAAACAGUGCAGAUUGCUAAGAAGCCUCGAACACCAACCUCUGGUCCAGUAAUCACGAAGCUGAUCUUUGCAAAACCAAUUAAUAGUAAAGCAGUUACAGGACAGACAACUCAAGUAUCACCACCAGUCAUUGCAGAGUCUUCCUUAGUGAACCUGGAGCCCAUGACCCAUGGUUAUCACUCCCGAGCAAACACCACUGAGAUGUGUGAUGUUAAAGGAGGCUGGUGUCUUGAGGACUGUCACGGGAGGCAGGUGCAGCGCCUGAAGAAAGACUGGAACGGGUUUGAGUUUGGAGCUGGUUCAGGAAGUGGGCUUCAGUUGGCUGAAAGUAGGGUUCUUUCACAGUCUACUCCCGGAACUCCAUCAAAGACCAUAACAAUAUCUGAAAGUGGUGUUAUUGGAUCAACUUUAAAUUCUACAACACAGACACCAAAUAAAAUAGCCAUCUCACCUUUGAAAUCGCCAAAUAAGGCAGUGAAAUCAGCUGUGCAGACCAUCACUGUUGGAGGCGUGAGCACAUCACAGUUUAAGACAAUUAUUCCUCUGGCAACUGCUCCCAAUGUCCAGCAGAUUCAAGUGCCUGGAAGCAAGUUUCAUUAUGUCCGCCUUGUUACUGCCACAACAGCCAGUAGCUCGAGCCAGCCAGUUAGUCAGAAUCCCAGUACAAACACUCAACCUCUCCAGCAAGCAAAGCCAGUGGUCGUUAACACCACUCCCGUGCGGAUGUCAGUUCCUCUCGUCUCGGCACAGACUGUCAAACAGGUCGUUCCCAAACCCAUCAAUCCCACUCCGCAGAUAGUCGCCAGCAGCCAGCCUCAGCAGCGGCUCAUCAUGCCGGCCGCUCCACUGCCACAGAUCCAGCCCAACCUCACCAACCUGCCGCCAGGCACUGUGCUGGCCCCUGCGCCAGGAACAGGCAACGUGGGCUACGCGGUGCUUCCAGCUCAGUACGUGACCCAGCUGCAGCAGUCCUCGUAUGUGUCCAUAGCGAGCAGCUCAAGCUUCACUGGGACCCCUGGCAUCCAGACCCAGGCAAGGCUUCCAUUCAACGGCAUAAUCCCGUCAGAGUCUGCCAGUAGGCCCAGAAAACCCUGUAAUUGUACAAAAUCGCUGUGUUUGAAAUUAUACUGUGAUUGCUUUGCAAAUGGUGAAUUUUGCAACAACUGCAAUUGUACUAAUUGUUAUAAUAAUUUGGAACAUGAAAAUGAAAGGCAAAAAGCAAUAAAGGCAUGCCUUGACAGAAACCCAGAAGCUUUCAAGCCGAAGAUAGGGAAAGGAAAGGAGGGAGAAUCCGAUCGACGUCACAGCAAAGGGUGUAAUUGCAAACGGUCAGGAUGUCUUAAAAACUACUGUGAAUGCUAUGAGGCAAAAAUAAUGUGUUCCUCAAUAUGCAAAUGUGUUGGCUGCAAGAAUUUUGAAGAAAGCCCAGAAAGAAAGACCCUGAUGCACUUGGCGGACGCGGCCGAAGUCAGGGUACAGCAGCAAACAGCAGCGAAAACGAAGUUAUCUUCUCAGAUUUCGGACUUGCUUACUAGGCCCACGCCCGCUUUGAAUAGUGGGGGAGGAAAGUUGCCGUUCACGUUUGUAACUAAGGAAGUAGCCGAAGCCACGUGUAACUGCCUUCUUGCGCAGGCGGAGCAGGCGGACAAGAAGGGAAAGUCCAAGGCAGCAGCCGAACGGAUGAUACUCGAGGAAUUCGGACGGUGUUUGAUGAGCGUCAUCAACUCUGCAGGAAAAGCAAAAAGUGACCCUUGUGCCAUGAACUGCUGAACUUGCACAGGAGACUGUCCGUGGGCUGCACAGAAGAUGGAAGGUGCAGGGCCACUUGAUCUUCUGGAAGAUAGUUUAACAAUUAUUGUAUUGUUGGUUCAGUCCUUGUGAGACCUGAAAUUAUAAUACUGAAAGAGAAGAAAUUUUAAAUGAGGAAAUUAGUACAUUUUAAAUCUUAGUUAAACCUGUUUAUGUCCCUUCUAAAUUCAGUUUUUCUUUAUUGUAUUACAUGGAUUUUUAAUUUGCAUGGGUUUCUUAAGAAUUAGAUGUUCUGUCCUUCUGAUUCUAUUGACAAAGGACAUUUAUAAAUUACUAUAAUUUAUAACGUUUGGUGUUGUAUGACUUUGUUCCAGUAGAAAAAGCCAAACAACCAUUGGUAUUAUCCAGUCAUUCUUUGGCACUAGACCCAAGCAGAUAGAGUGUCCACAUAAACAAAUUCUAAUGAAACAUAUUCAAAUGACAUUUUGCGUUUAGGAAAGCUCUCUUUUUAAGAAAAACCAGCUUUUUAGCACAGAUUCUGGAAUACUAUCCUGUUGUCACUUUGGAAAUGUCAGAAGGGGAAGUAAUCCAUAGGCACACUUUUGAAAUAAAAAAGUUGAAAAAAAAAAACCAAAGUGUUAAGGGACAGUAAAUAGUUCUUAAUAGGCAAUGUAUUUCUCUGAGGCGUGACUAAGAAGCGCUCUAGGGUGUUUCCAUUUUCUUUGAAGGAAGUGGUGUGCAUCUGAAAUGAUAAAUUGUCAGAGUGAUUACUGGGGACUAUUAAAAGUGAGAGGUAGAUUAUUAUGUAGUGAUGACAGUAGAACCUUACAUAAUGAUCAGGUAUAAAAUUUGGCUUGGAUGGAGAAAUGAAGAACAUUGAAACUCCAAUAGAUGAAUUUAGGGAAGGAUUUUUCAUCUGUACAAUUCUUGUUAAAGACUUUCGAACUAAGAGGUCUCAAUCCAAUGUAUGAGUCUUACUUGAUUUACUGAAAGGGCCUCCUAACAAAACUUUCCAAAUUAUAGUGGGAUUUCUUUCUAUAAGGGAAGCUUAAUAUGGCAUUCUUUUUAGCCAGUGAUUUGAUAAGUCGAAGGUAUGAGUGUUUUCUUAUUAUUACUAAAAUAACCUAAAUCAUUUUCGCUAAUUCAAAAGCUUUAUGAAUUUUAGAGCCAGUAAUAGGACUCGGAUUUUAAUGACAAGAAAAAAACCAUGUUGGAAUUCAGGUAUUUUGUUAGGUACCUUAAUCCUCAGUAAUUAUUAGUAUAUGAUUAUUACAUUUCCUACAAGGAAUCGAUAGUUGUAUGUAUUAAGUGUGUAUAUAUGUUCAUAUGAACACGCAAGGUAUAGGCAAUAGAAAUUAAGUAAUCCAAAAAAAGAUUCCGUUAUUCACUGAAGUAUCUUCCUUUUGAAAUCUGGAUUUAUAAAAUUAUAGUUCAGUAACUUUAAAUGUAGAUAGUGCAAACAUUCUUAGCACCUCAAUCUAGUAUGUUUAAAAUUUGUAUAAAUGUAAAUCAGUGUAAGAGGAUAAAAUAUCUAAUCAAGUUAUUUUUCAAAGAUUACAAUACCUUUUUGGUCUAAACCUAAACUUUGUUCAUUUUGUACAUAUUCUGUGUUUAAUUCUAAUUGCACCUUUGUGAUGUGUAUUUAUAUACAGUGUGCAGAAAAUGUUUGUGAAAUUUGGAUUACAAUUGUAGAUUAUGUAUGACGGCAUUGCUUGAGAAUGUUUUGCUUGUAAAAACUUGAAGGUGCAAUCAAAUGCUACUAGUUUUUCUGAUUUUCAAGAAGCUAUCUAAAGUAUUAAGACUUUUCCUUCCUGUGUCGUACUUACUAAGCAACUUUUUGUAUUUAGGCAUUUGCAUCAAAUUGCUGAACAAGAUUAAUAUCCACAUUAAUUCAACAAUUUUAAAAGACUAUUUGGGGAGGGCUGGGUAUAUAAUUUUUUUUAGCUCUAUUUACAUCCCAAAGUAGAAAGAUUAAAUUUAUAUUUACUAGAGCUAUUCAAAGAAUACACUUUUCUAUAUUGUAAAAACAGGACAGCAAAGUAAAUCAUACAGAAAAUAAACAUUUAUACUAUUCUGUAAAAAAAA